GCCGCUGACACUGCCGCGCAUGCGCAAGGAGUCUGUGCAUGCAGUGACGCAGUGGCAGCGCCCUCCCUGCUCGGCCGUCGGGUGACCACAACUGGUGUGACAUCACAACCGUCUCUGUACUCUGCGGCUCUACUAUAGGUAGCAAUUAGCUGGCAGGUCCCCCUUCAGUCCGUCCAUCCGUUGGUAGGAGCAGGAGCAGAAGGAGGAGUCCAGGAACUGUCGCCACCGCCGAGGAGACUUGGAAACACUUGGCAUCCUACAUGAACUACGAAAAUCCUCCACCAUAUUCUGGCCCAGGCCCAACUGCCCCAUACCCACCAUAUACCCAUCAACCAGGUGGACCACCAGUUCCUGGCCCAUAUCCUGCCUAUCCACCGGGGCCUCCGGGGCCUCCAGGACCAUAUCCAGGGCCAUAUCCAGCAGGUCAGCCUGGCUACCAAGGCUAUCCAGAGUAUGGAUGGCAGAAUGCUCCUCCACCUCCAGGGCCAGUCUAUGCUGAUGGACCCAAAAAUACAGUGUACGUUGUGGAAGAGCAGCGGAGGGAUAACUCAGGAGAAAGUGCCUGCCUGACGGCAUGCUGGACUGCGCUGUGCUGCUGCUGCCUUUGGGACAUGCUGACCUGAGUGUCCCAAGAAGCCAAGCCCCUCAGUACCUCUGCCGUGGAGUGCUAUGCAUUCUUUUUCUUCUCUUCCUCCGACAGCUUUUUAGUACUGUAACAAGUGAUCUGCUUUGCACAGGCGACAUGAUGUCUGCCAUAGAGGUAGCACCGUGGUGUUGGUUAUGCACUUUUUAGUUCCAGUGGAGGAAAACUUCCCCCCACCUCUUUAUAGCAUAUAUUUCUAAGACUUGGUCGUCAUCCUUUAAAGAAAGUGCUAAAUGCUUUUUUUUCCUUUUGGCAAAAGGCUUUUACUACCAAUUAUGUAUUUAUAAUUUUUACCAUUCUUAAUAAUGGAAUAUGCAAUAAUUUUCAGCCAAUUUUUUUUCUUACUAGCUUCCACUUCUGUUGUAAUAAACUUAGUCUAAUAAAGUCAUGGGACAAGUAAUGUGA